UGUACGGAUGUUGGAUGUGGCAUUCAUUGCUCGUGUUGCGGACAGAUUUGUGAUAAUACAGUGUGUGUAAAGUGAAGUGACGUUCUUAGUACGAAUCGUGUACACAUCGCCAUCAGUAACCUAGUUAUUAAUACGGAGCUAGCUGUCUGUAUAUAACAGGCAUCCGGUGGGUGACAGACACAGGGGGAGCCUAGAGCGCUCCCUUUAUACGGCUUCAAAGGCUGAGUCGAUUCGAAGAAAGGGAGAUGAGUACGGACUUGUCCCCUUUGUCUGCCGACAACAUCCCGCCGUCUCCGACGCUGGCCGCAGGCGAGGACACAGUCUGCGACUUGGGCAGCGUGAGGUUCGGAACCGACAAAGUCGUCUGCAGCUGGACCAUCUUGGACUACAACAAUUGGCCUCAAGGGGUGGACGAAGUGAAGUCACCCAAGUUCUGGCACUGCAGUUCCAGCGAGUGGUGUAUGGUGCUGUCGAAAGAGAGAGGCGCCUGGUACCUCUGCUUCCAGCUGCUGUCUUCUCAGAAAGACGCUACCGUGCGAGCGAGGCUAAAAGCGUCGCUAGUUUCGAGCAGGGGUAAAAAGUACGAGGUUUACCCGUCGGAAUUCGUCUGUCUCGAUGCCCCGAAGAAGACGGUGUGGAGGUGCGUGAGUGGUUGCUUCGAAGCGGAGAACGGCUUCAAUAACGUGCUGAAGUUCCUGGGAGAGGUGAGCACGCCGUGCGUGAUAACGGAGCCGUACCGCAGCGUUGCCCUGCAGAGGCCUCGGCGCAGCGUCACAGACGACCUGGCAGCGCUGCUGGAGUCGGGCCAGCUGUCUGACGUGAAGCUGUGGGCGGGUGACGCCGAGUUCCAAGCGCACAGGGCCGUGCUGUGCGCGCGCAGCCCCGUCUUCUCCGCCAUGCUGCGGCAUGACACCCAGGAGGCCCGCACGGGCAGCGUCCACGUCAAGGAUGUCGAGGCAGACGUCCUGAGCGAGGUCCUGCGGUUCAUCUACACCGACAGCACCCCUCUCCUGGAGAAGAUGGCUGACAGGCUGCUGGUGGCGGCUGAUAAAUACGAUUUGCCCCAACUGAAGGAACUCUGCGAGGUGGAGUUGGCCAAGAACCUCACCGUGGACAACGCUGCCGCUACCGCUGUCAUCGCCUUGAGCCACUCUUGCGACGUCCUCAAGCGGUCGGUCAUCAGCUUCGUGAAGCGCCAUCUCGUACCCAUCAUGGGCAGCGAAGGCUGGGCGACAGCUGUUAGCAAUCACGCCGAAAUCGUCGUCGAGAUGAGCCGUUUGGUAGCAGAAGAGCCUGUUGGUUAAUGGCUGUUACAGUUCAAUUCGCCAUUACAGAUCACUCUAUUUCUUGAAAAUCGUGCUGUUGAUCCUUCAGUCGUUUCCAGCGUACAACGUCUUGCCUCUAAACAGUGUUGCUAGCUCAUUUAACCAUAGAUCUAAAUUUGAUCCCAGCUAACAGGAAGCUACAUAUGCAUGUACGCAAGUAUCAGAUUGUCAUUGAAGUCAUCUAACUAUAGUAUAUGCUCUGUGCUUUUUUUUGUUACUGAUAGCUGCAAAAAGCAGGCAUUUCAAGGAGGUCUUCUUUGGGCUUUUGAGUAGCCGCCUGCAGGUAAGCGCUAGGUACAACAAAACAUCUAACGUUGUGGGAUUUAAAACAAAAGAACAUGGUCCUUGUAAGACAUCUAUAAUAUUGUACCCAUAAAAACUACUUAUUUUUAAGUAGCACAUUGUCUAUUCACAACUGUAAACUGUGCGUGAGAUUACCGAUAAGCUCGAGCAUUGUGUAGUUGAGAAAGAAGUUUCGAUCACAGUUCUUCUGAAAUAAACAUGCAGUUUUGUAGUGAGGGUUUUGCAUCGUAACUGAGUCAAGCAGUUCCUGGCCAGCUUAGUUAGAUAGUUAAAUACGACAGAUUAACGAGUUCGUUGUCACCGUCUGGGUAAACAUUAAUACUGCACCCUACCUCCUCUCCCACCGAUUUGGAGCGGCUUCAGUUUGUUUAUUGUCCCUUUAAGCUUCAGGGGCGGCGGCACUUUGGAAGUGAGUUCUCGGCGAGAAUCUUUUUUUUUUUUGCCAUUUUUAUAGAGCAAAGAUUUUUCCAGUUAUAUUGUAAUCUGCUUAUUUUUACUUUUUACUUUAUUCAUCAGCCAAUAGAUUCCCAAAAACACUAGUAGCUCUUGUAUAUUUCGUUUCUACUGACAACAAAGUGAAUUUUCCUUUGUUUACAUGGCUCUGAAAGUAGUCUGAUGUACAAUCAGUUCAUCUAUAUUUUGCAAUAGAAUACAGUGUGUUGCUAAUGUGGCAUUGCUGGUUUAACCCCAAGUUGAAAGAAAUAUAAGCACUUGUGGUCUGACUAAAUUUGAGACCAGCCACAUAGAAUUUGGCCUUAUAAGUAGUUUACUCCUUGUGCUUUUCACUAUGCGCCUGUUGGCUAGCGCUAGGUGGGACAGAAUCACUCCACGCUGUAGGAUUUAAACAAAAUGGUCCUCGCAAGACGUAUCUAAUAUUAUACGUGACCAAAUGCAGAUUCUGGCCUGCAAAUUUUGGCGAAACAACCUUCGCACACAGUCACUAACGUAUGAAAUUGGAAUA